AUGGCUCAGUUCCUGAGAGGGAAACAGGCCGGCAUCCAGAGGGAUUUGUCCGAGGGUCUGUCCCCGGAGCUUUUCCAGCUUGACGACUUCGAGCGCUGUGGUGUAAACUCGCAGAUUAGCGUUAUCGCAUACGAUCCAAUUCAGUCCCUCCUAGCCGUCGGCACCAGUGAUACCCAAUUCGGCAGUGGCCAAAUCUAUGUCUUUGGACAGCGGCGCGUCUUAGUCGUCUUUGAAUUCCCGCGCAAGGCCUCGGCCAAGUUCCUGCAGUUCUGCGCCGAUAAGCUCAUCAGUGUCGAUUCGAGGAAUGAAAUCUGCAUAUUCUCCCUUGCUGCCAGAUCUUUGAUCACCUCGUACGCCCCUCCCGGUCAGGCCACUGCACUUGCGACAGACCCGAGUCUGGACUAUGCCUUUAUCGGCCUUUCGAAUGGCGAGGUUGUUGCAUAUGAUCUCGAUCGAGAGUGUCUGACACCUUUCAAGAUCCCGAACCUUUGGCUGGAGAAGAACCCGCGCGCACGCCUGUUUCCGGUUGUAUCACUUGCCUUCUCGACACGAGAUAUCGGCAAGGUCCUAAUUGGAUAUCCGGAGGGAGCCGUGACUUUUUCAUUCAAACAAAAUGUCGCGCAAAAGUACUUUGUCUAUGAGGUUCCUCCCGGCGCCCCAGGUGGUGAUCCCGAGAUGCCCUCCAACCUUGUGCGCCGCCCCAGACUGAUCGAUGCAGUCUGGCAUCCCAACGGAACAUUUGUACUGACCGUCCACGAUGACACCAGUCUCGUUCUCUGGGAUACCAAGGACGGCCGCAAGCUUCAUGCCAGGACAAUUCAGGCUACAAAUAUUGACCAGCCGGGCAUGACCCGUUCUGACCCUGCUGCUGAGGAAUUCUCUGGGCCCAAGGAGCCCAUUACCAAGGUUACAUGGUGUGCUAAGGAAAGCGCCGAUGAUACCGGUCUCUUGGUUGCCGGUGGAAGAUACGUAGGAGACCCGAAUAAGGGCCUUACUUUCCUCGAUAUGGGCCCGACUCCCAAUUAUCAGACCUCGUCGUGGCAAAUUCUCUCUACCUAUCUUGAGCGAUCUCGCAGGCAUAUGAAUUUGCCUAUUCCUCCGGGAGCCCACGCCAUCACAUACUGUCUCAUCCCACGCGCCGAUCCGUAUUUCGCCGGUGCUCAUGAUCCGAUCGCCAUCCUUGUCGUGCUCUCAUCAGGGGAGUUGGUCACAAUGAGUUUCCCCAGCGGUCAUGCUAUCACACCAACCAACAUGCUCCAUCCAUUCCUGUCUUUCGUUCAUCCAUUCGUGAACAAGGUCACACUUACAUCAGUCGAUCGUGCUGUUUGGCUGGGACUGAGAGAGCGCAGGUUACAAGGACCAAAAUUCGUCUUUGGAGGUGCGGAAGCAAAGAAUCCUCUGAAGCGUUUCGAGAACCGCAAUGUGAUUUCUACUGCCCACGCCGAUGGCACAAUCCGCCUCUGGGAUGCUGGCCAUGACGAUGAAAUCGAGAAUGGAGACGCCGUGCAAGUAGAUCUAGCUCGAGCCAUGGGCCGUGUUCGCAAUAUCGAGGUGACCGAGAUGUCCAUGGGAAGCGGCACGGGUGAAAUGUCUGUUGGUCUCAAGAGUGGCGAAGUGAUAGUUUUCCGAUGGGGCAACAACCCUUCUGCAGGACAGGAAAAUUCUCCUGGUGUCAACCAAGGGGGCGGGAACCUGACACCAAUCGCUCAUCGGACAGACCCUGGUUUGAAGACAGGGAUGCUCCCCCUAACACUUUUAGAUAUGCAACAGGGUGCAGUGACUGCUUUGAGGCACAGCCCGGUGGGCUUCGUCGCGGCUGGCUUCGAAGGAGGUAGCUUGGUGAUCAUUGACCUGCGCGGUCCGGCAGUCAUUCACACUGCGCAUCUGUCGGAGUUUACAAAGGCGCCGAAGCGAAGCAGUUUCUUGAAGAAGACUGGAACGGAGGAUGCUCCACCUGAAUGGCCUACCUUUAUCGAAUUCGGCGUGAUGACAUUAGAUGGUGAAGACUACUCAAGCAUUUGCUGCUUCGUUGGUACAAACAGAGGAAAUGUGGCAACCUUCAAGGUGCUACCCUCCCCAAAUGGUACAUACACCGCCGCUUUGGCUGGGUUCUCAAACGUCGAAGACAAGGUCAUCGCUCUUAUUCCCAUUGACGCAGAGACUGGGGGGCAUGCUCUUGCCACGCCUAGUGUCGUCGGCGGACUGAGAAAUGGCGUGAAGGUCAAUGGAGUAGUGAUUGCAGUCACGCCCUCUGGCUGCAGAAUCUUCAAGCCACCUACAUCGAAGGGUGCACACAAGAAUUGGGACGACUACCUUUGCGACUCAGCCGCAGUUGUGAAAAGUGAAGGCCGUGGCUACAGCUUGAUCGGCUUGUUUGGCGAUGGCAACAUCCGCGCAUUCUCCAUUCCUGGUCUCAGAGACAUUGGCUGCGAAAGAGUCGACCACAUCGCUGAUAUGCGACGACUGCCCGAGGCAUGCAUCACACCAGCGGGAAGUGUGAUGACAUGGGUCGGCCCUUCACAGAUCGGGCUAUUCAAUGUUUGGGGAACCGGUCGCAAACUGGCUGUGUCUCAGGAUCGUCUACACGACCCUGCAAAGGUCCUACCCGCACGUCCCACAAUCACCAACAUCCAGUGGAUCUCCGGUACUCAAUAUGUUUCACCUGCGGAUAUGGAUAUCCUGAUUGGAGGCCCAGACCGCCCGCCAUCCAAGCGCAUGGUCGAGCAAAUGAAAAUGGAGGACCAAGAGCGCCGCAAAGCACUCCGAGAAGGCCGUGCGCCACCACCCGAGUCGGGCAAUGAGGAAACCUACUGGUCUUCCAUGUCCCGUGCAGUCCAGGAACGCACCGAACGGCUGGGGCUGGCCACCGACACUAUGGACCGACUGGAGGAGAACAGCAGUAACUUCGCUAGCGACGUGGGUAAAUACGUACAGAACCAAAAGAGGAAGGCAGUCUUUGGCGCACUGGGGUCAAAAUUCGGGUUCUAG